AUGAAGGACGAGACGAAUGGGGGCACAGCAGAAGAUGAGCCCAUGGAUUGCUCGGUCUCUGCAAUUGCUUCCACAGCUGAGAAAGCAGAAGAAAUCGAGGAAGUGCCGGUGCAGUCGAAGGUUGAAGUGCAGGACGCAGAAAUGCCCGAUGCAAGUGCGUGA